ACCUGCAUGCUAUGUAUGGUGUCUCUAAUGUCUCAAGACACAUCCGGCUGGCAGUGUGGAGCCGAUGUCUACUCCAACUAUCAAAUGAUGCUUAGAGCCCACACCUUCAACACGAUCAAGGCUCGUCCAGGCACGUCUGACUGCAGACAAGCCUGCAACGCUGAUACCAGAUGUCAAAGUUACAACAUGGUCAUGUUCAGAGGCAUAUGUGAAUUGAAUAACAGGACCAAAGACGCCAGGCCAGAUGAUUUCAUAAAGAACAAGGACAGAUAUUACAUUACAAAGGUUUACUAUAGAGUUCCUCUCGGUUCCAUUCCUGAGCUGCCCGCUGAUUCGUGUGAAGAGAUUCUAGCAAGUGAAGGAGAGAAAGCUGUCAGCGGUAGUUACUGGUUGGAUUUUAACAGAUCUGGAAACUCCUUGUUAACCCACUGUAACAUGGGAAUGAGAGAUAUCGAUGAAUGCACCGAAGGAUCUCACGGUUGCCAUAGUAACGGGACAUGUGGAAAUACUGUAGGUUCGUAUAACUGCACAUGUAAGACUGGAUUCUCGGGUGACGGUUUUAGCUGCGAACCGACAGAAUGUGUGGAAUAUCACGAAUUGAACGAUGCUCGCAGGAAAGUAACUUACGCAGCUGUUCGACCAUACAAGUGCGACGAUUCAAUCAUUCCAGGCUGGUAUCGUAUGGUAGAACCUGCUGGUAAACGGAUUCCGACGACAUGCCCGGGUAAUACGAUAUGUGGUACAGCUCGACCUGGAUGGAUGAAUGGUGUCCAUCCUGCUGUGGAAGAUGGUGUUGUUAGCAGAAAGUUGUAA